AUGUCUGAGCAAGAUCCUUUAAUUAGAGCAUCUACCACCACCAAACCAAAAAAAGGUUAUUUACCAAAAGAUGAAAUAGAAUGGGAAUUUGGAGGACCUAUUGGAGUUUCAGCAAUGAUGAUUGGGUUCCCUCUUUUAAUGUGGUAUAUGUGGAUUGGGGCUGAAUUUUACAAGGGACAAUUUCCAUGGCCAACUAAAGAUCAAUCAUGGUUAGAAUUUUUAAUCUUACUAUGGGAAUUAAUUAAAUUAAAUGGUUUACCAACAUGGGGAACUUUUAUUUUUUUCACAAGUUUUAUUAUAAUUCAAGGAAUUUUUUAUUUGAUAUUACCUGGAGUUUGGACAAAAGGUCAACCAUUAACUCAUUUAGGUGGGAAACAAUUACCUUAUUUUUGUAAUGCUAUUUGGUCAUUUUAUACUUCAGUUAUAUUAUGUUUAAUUUUACAUUUUACUGGAUUAUUACCAGCUUAUUAUAUUUUAGAUAAUUUUGGUAGAAUUAUGACUAUUGCUAUAAUAUAUGGACAAGUUUUCGCAAUUGGAUUAUAUUUGAUUACUAUUAAUAUUACUGGUGAUUAUCAUAGAAUGACUGGUAAUCAUAUAUAUGAUAUGUUUAUGGGAGCUCCAUUAAAUCCAAGAAUUGGUAAAUAUUUAGACUUAAAAAUGUUUUUCGAAAUUAGAUUACCUUGGUUUAUUUUAUUUUUCCUUAGUUUUGGUUUAUGUUUUAAACAAUAUGAUACUUAUGGAUAUGUUACACCUCAAGCUUUGUUUUUAUUAUAUGCUCAUUGGCUUUAUGCUAAUGCUUGUUCAAAGGGAGAAGAGUUAGUUGUACCAACUUGGGAUAUGGCUUAUGAAAAAUUUGGAUUUAUGCUUAUAUUUUGGAAUAUAGCUGGUGUACCUUUUACAUAUUGUCAAUGUUCAUUAUUCAUUGCGUACAAUGAACCACAAGUUUAUCAAUGGUCAACUUGGUAUAAUGUAUUAUUAUUUGUAAUUUUAACAAUUAGUUACUAUUUCUUCGAUACUGGAAAUCGUCAAAAGAAUAGUUUUAGAAGAACAUUAUCAGGAAAUACUCAUUUAAGAAAAACUUUCCCAUAUUUACCAUAUUCUGAUUUGGUUAAUCCAAAAUUUAUAAGAUGUUCAAACGGUUCAGUAUUAUUAACUGAUGGUUGGUAUGUAUAUGCAAGAAAAAUGCAUUAUACAGCUGAUUAUAUACAAACUUUAACAUGGGCUCUUAUUUGUGGGUUUAAAUCCCCAUUUCCUUGGUUUUUUCCCUUAUUCUUUUUAAUUGUUUUAAUUCAAAGAGCUUAUAGAGAUCAAAGAAAAUGUGCUAAAAAAUAUGGUGAAGAUUGGGAUAGAUAUUUAGAAGCUUGUCCAUACUUAUUCAUUCCUUAUGUUUGGUAA